AAGUAUUCACUAGUUUAUUUAUAAUCAUUUGAUUGGUGAAUUGAUAAGCUCAGACCCAAAUGGUCACAAUUGUAAUGAGUGGGCGGAGUAUUUGAAAUAAGUUUAAAAGUUUGAGGAGGUGUGGCAUAAUUCAUUUUAGAUUGACGACUUAAACUAAAAGAUGGGAGUUGCUUCAAAUAACGGUAUCACAGGGAAACUUGUUUUAACUGUCAUUAUAACAUGUAUUGGAUCAUCAUUUCUAAUCGGAUACAAUCUUGGAGUUUUGAAUCUACCGAGAAAGAAUAUUGAAACAUAUUUCAAUGAGACAGUUGUUCCAAAUACUCCAGAAUUAGAUUCAAACUUCUUCUACACUCAUGUCAGUACAAUAUUUGUAGUUGCCGCUGCGAUAGGAGCAUUCAGUUGUGGUUGGGUAGCUGAUGGAAUUGGUCGACGAAAUGGUUUAUUACUCAAUAAUGUUAUUGGCAUUAUCGGUGGUGUAAUUGUUGGUCCUUGUGUUCUUGUCAAGCAACCUGUGUUAUUAUAUGUUGGUCGUUUUGUUAUUGGUAUUAAUAGUGGCAUUACAAUUGGCAUAGCUUCACUUUAUUUAACUGAAGUGGCACCACGUGAUCUGCGUGGUGGUAUUGGUGCUUGUCAUCAGUUAGCUGUAACCAUUGGUAUUGCUUUCUCGUAUUUCAUUACAUUUUCAUUUCUGUUGAACACAAUAAAUCUAUGGCCACUUGCUGUUGCUUUGGGUGCUGUUCCAGCAGCUGUGUCAUUGGUUAUUUUACCAUUUUGUCCUGAAAGUCCACGAUUUUUAUACAUGAAAAAAAAUAAAGAAGCUGAGGCACGCAAAGCAUUUUUACAAUUAAAUGUUAAAGAAAAUGUUGAUACAUUCAUUGGUGAAUUGCGUGGGGAAAUUGAAGUCGCGAAAAAUCAACCAGUUUUUAAAUUUACACAAUUAUUUACACAAAAAGAUCUUCGAAUGCCAGUGCUUAUUGCUUGUUUAAUCCAAGUUUUACAACAAUUAUCCGGAAUUAAUGCGGUUAUAACAUAUUCAUCUCUUAUGUUAGAAUUAGCUGGUAUUCCUGAUAUGUACUUACAAUAUUGUGUCUUUGCUAUUGGAGUUCUUAAUGUUAUCGUAACUGUAGUCUCUCUUCCACUAAUCGAACGUGCUGGACGUCGUACUUUAUUAUUAUGGCCUACAGUAUCAUUAGCUUUAUCCUUGUUAUUACUUACAAUAUUUGUUAAUUUGGCAUAUUCUGGUCCGGUAGGUGCGAGAUCUGCUAUGGGUAUAAUAUCGAUCAUUUUGAUAUUAGUUUAUAUAUGCAGUUUUGCACUCGGCUUAGGUCCAGUUCCUGCAUUAAUUGUAUCAGAAAUAUUUAGACAAGGUCCACGUGCUGCAGCUUAUUCACUUAGUCAAUCAAUUCAAUGGUUAUCAAAUCUAAUUGUGUUAUGUAGUUAUCCCGUUAUACAGAAAAACAUCGGUGGUUAUUCAUUUUUGCCCUUCCUUGUGGUCGUUGUGAUUUGCUGGAUCUUCUUUUUCCUGUUUAUGCCAGAAACUAAAAAUCGGACAUUUGAUGACGUUGCAUGUGAUCUUGCAUUUGGAGGUAUUGUUGUAGGCAAACGUACUACAGCUUUAGAAGAUCGUAACCUUACUGUAUUCACUAAACAGGGUAAUAAUGACGGUCCAGCUUCUGAGUCAUUACUUUAUCCUCGAAGUGAUAAUGACAAAGGUAUGUAUGCAUAAAGGAGUUUUUGGAAUAUGUUUCCAGAAAAUUGUUGGUUAAACUGAAAAAGAAAUCAUAGACACUUCAUUGAGUUUAUAUUCUAGGGAAUUAGUGUAUGCACCUUCCAUUUUAUAUAAAUAUAACAUAUAUAUGUACGCUAUUACAUAUGUGUAUAAUUUCAAUUCAUUAUAUAAUGUACGAAACAUGCAUAUAAUCUCCAUCUAUCAGGUUAUUUUCAUUAUUUUAAAUUAAUGUUGUCAUAGAAACACAAUGAUGAUCAUUUUUAGAUGUCGAUAUGAUAACUAUGUGUUUAUCAAUAUCUAUAUUUUGUAUGCUGUUCAUUCUUUAUCAUUUAUCUAUUUACCUUUCAUUUCUCUGUUAAUGUUAACGAUGAUGAUGAUUAUGCACCAUAAACGUAUAAUUUUUAACUUAAAAAACAUAACUUUCUUCACAGUUCCGCUUGUUUUGUUUUUGCUUAAUUUGUCCAAACCAACUUUUCUUUUUAAUGAAAAGAAAUAUUAUGCAAUAUGAACAGUGACUGUGCUCAUUGUAAUUCUACAAAGAGCACAAUUGAACACUAAUGAUGUUUUAAAUAUUACACUAAAAAAAGAUUGAACAAUAAGAUGCAAAAAACUGAACAAAUAGAGAUAACACAUACACACACAAUUUUACUUACAUCAGGUAUCCUAAGUUGAUACUGUUCUAUCUCUUGUUACUUUUUACAUUUUACCUGGUGAAUUUACUUAUUUAAUAAACUUUGAAUGUAAACUUUGAUCUCUUAAAAUAUUAUUAUUAUAAUUAAUAUGAUUAUGAUGAAUUUAAUUACUGUCCUUUAUCUCUUCAUCGCACAAAUUGUUGUAUAAUCCUUACAUUAUUAUUAUUAUUAUUAUCACUAUUGAUAUAACUAUCAUUAUUGUCAUCUAAUUCAUAUUUUCCACAAGAUCUUGUUAACUGGUUGUAUCGAAUAAUUUCAUAUUCCGAUUAUUAAUAUUAGUAUUAUUAAUAUUAUUAUUAUUACUUUUGUUAAUUGUUCGAAAGUUUUCUUUCUUUACAAAUUCUUUAUUUCAAAUACUUUGUUUCUUUCAAUGAAUUCCUGUGAUGAUGAUGAUGAUGAUGAUGAUAUUGUUUUAUAAGACAGGAUAACAAACAAACUGACAACAGUAAUGAAUAGUUUAUUUGUAUUUUUAGAAAGAAAAAUGUUUGUCAAAUGUAUACAACUUCAUUUGAUUCUAUGUGUGUGUGCGUGUUUCUGUGUGUGUGUGGUGUGGUUUUGUUUCAAAUGAUACCUGCUUCUGUAAUCAAUUUCUAAAGUAAAAUUUAUACAUCAUAUGUGUACCAU